AUGCAUUUUGCAAGCCUUUCUGUUGUAUUUGCCAGUUUUGGCGCUUUGGUUUCCAGUUUGCCCACAGAACCAGCCAGUCACGCCUCUAAGGCCCUGCGAGAUGUCAUUGUCUUCCCGAACAACACAUGGGUUGAGAAUAUUGCCGUACGAUCCAACGGCAAUCUUCUCGUUACUCUCAUCAACUUGCCUGAGGUCUGGGAGGUCGAACCGCUUUCUGGAUCUGCUAAGCUGGCAUACUCGUUCCCUAACGCUAAUGUAAGUUUGGGAAUUGCAGAAGUGGGACAUGACGUGUUUGCUGUCAAUGUUGGAAACUUUUCGGGAGCGGGCGUGGGUGUACCCGGCAGUUGGAGCAUAUGGACUCUAGACUACAACACUGGGAAUCCCAGCUCAAAAAAGCCAUCAGGGAAGGAAAUUGCGAUUCCGCCGGCAGUUUUCCUAAACGGUCUUGCCGCCCUAUCUACCAAACCCGGUGUUGUUCUUACAGGCGACUCUUUCCUUGGUCAAGUCUUUGCAGUAGACAUCUUUAGCGGCCAUUACAGCGUCGCCAUCGAUGUUCCAGAGUUCAAACGCAACACAACUGCAGCACUACAGCUUGGCAUCAAUGGCAUGAAGAUCCACGGUGGAUCUCUAUACUUUACGAACUCUUUGCAGUCUCCGCUCCUUGCCAAGAUACCAUUGUCCGUCAACGGGAACGCUGCUGGCCCAGUGAGAACCAUCGCGAAGAGCGCGCAGUACCCAAUUGACAUAGGAUUCCAAGCCGAUGAUUUUGCGCUAGAUGCUACGGCUGAGCACGCGUGGGUUGCGACGAAUCCUUCUAAUUUUAUCGUCCGAAUCACGACUGCCACAGGGAAACAGCAAAUUGUAGCCGGUGGGAAGUCGGACCAGACAGUUGCUGGUGCGACAAGCGCAGCCUUUGGAAGGAAUUGGUAUGAUAAGCAGAUAUUGUACAUCGUCACCGAUGGAGGAUUGGCCGACCCAAGUUCAGCUGGAGUUACAGGUGGCAAGAUUAUAGCUCUUGAUACUACAAAGGUAUGA